AUCCCUGUGGUGCGGUGCCACGUCAAAUCGAUCCAAGAUGGCGCCCAACAAGUAUUCUGUGCUUCUUCCCACUUACAAUGAGAGAGAAAAUCUACCGCUUAUCGUUUGGUUAAUUGUUAAAGCUUUCACAGAAAGUGGACAUGAUUUUGAGAUUAUAGUCAUUGACGAUGGAAGUCCUGAUGGAACCCUUGAGGCAGCCAAGCAGCUUGAGAAUAUUUACGGCAGUGAUAAAAUUGUUUUAAGACCAAGAGAAAGAAAGCUAGGUUUAGGCACGGCAUACAUCCAUGGGAUGAAGCAUGCAACAGGGGAUUUUAUCAUCAUAAUGGAUGCUGACUUGUCACAUCACCCCAAGUUUAUACCAGAAUUUAUCAGGAAACAAGCAGAAAAAGAUUACGAUAUUGUAUCUGGUACAAGAUACAGUGGUGACGGAGGUGUAUUUGGAUGGGACUUAAAGAGAAAACUAAUAAGUCGUGGAGCUAACUAUCUCACCCAAGUCCUUCUACGACCAGGAGCCUCAGACUUAACUGGAAGCUUCAGGUUAUACAAAAAAGAAGUGCUGCAGAAGUUAGUAGACGCUUGUGUUUCUAAAGGUUAUGUCUUCCAGAUGGAAAUGAUUGUACGAGGAAGACAGUUAGGAUAUACUAUUGGAGAGGUACCAAUAUCAUUUGUCGACAGAGUUUAUGGAGAAUCCAAACUUGGCGGUAGUGAAAUUGUCCAUUUUGCUAAAGGACUGUUAUACUUGUUCGCAACUACAUAGUAGUGUUAUAGUAAAAAAGACUGUGCCAAGA